CUCCUGUGAACAAGUGCCACGUCAUAAAGUCGCCCAAAAGCUCCUAAUAAGGACACUGGGGGCUGAUAUAGGACUUGUAGAUUGGACUGCCGAUAGUCACUCAAUCGGCACUGGCCCAUCAGCUGUGGGAAAUUGUUCUCAGGCUUCUCCCUCACUCAGAACUGACCAAUCAGAUCGCCUCCUGUGAACAAGAGCCACGUCAUAAAGUCGCCCUAAAGCUCCUAAUAAGGACACGGCGGAAACUUUGAUAGUGGACUUGUAGAUUAGACUGCCGAUAUAAAGCCACUCAGUCGGCCCUGGCCCAUCGGCUGUGGGAAAUUGGUGAAACUGCCGCUCUUUGUGUCUCUCCUUCAAGGAAGUAAAUUGAACUAGCUUCAGAACGAGAAUGACACACGACCACCCAGAUGACAAUAGUUCUGAUGAUGAAGCUGAUAAUCCGACCAGUCCGGGGUCAGAUCAGGGGUCAGAUAGUACAAGUCAGAACCUACUAGGUCAGAUCCAGUGGCCACAGGUACUAGUGGUCAAACAGAAGGUGCCCAGGGAACCACUGGAGCCCAGGGAACCCAACCCCGUAAAUGUGACAGUCCCUUCUGUCGCAAAGUAUUAACGGAUGGGGCCAGCCAAAAUACCUGUGGCAAAUGCAACAAAGUCUUCAACUAUUGCAAGGAAUGUGCUGAAAAGGGCGAAUGUCUCAACUGUCUAAAGUCGCCUGCCAGUCCCGGGUGUCCACAUCCCAUAAAUGACGAUGGUGCCUACACAAAUGCCUGUGACAACUCAUGCAAAGACAAAUCUGGCAAUGUCUACUACUAUUGCCAGAAAUGUGCUGAAAACUCCAUAUGUCCACAGUGUCAAACACCUGUUGAUUUCAGGAGCAGGAAGAUUAAUGGGCCAUUUUGUAUAAUGACUUCAGUGGACAAACAUUAAUUUUCUUUCAUUCUUGAACUCAGAAAUUUAAGAGUAAUGCCAUUGAAUGAGUACAUUUUAGAAAUUAAAAAUGAUACACAAAACUAUUUCGAUAAAGUAACACCCUACAUGAACGUAGCUACACUGUCAAUCAUUCACAAAAAUUACAAAACUAAGUAGCCUUUUCUAACUAGUCCCUAUCAUCAUUGUCCUCAGUAUCUUCAGUUGUCUCUUCUUUUUACCGCUCGGCGCUCGAACUUUGGCCCAGUGCGGUACUGGUAUGUUUCAGCAGAUCAGAUUUUAUAUAUGUGAACAGCCUGAAAAGAAUCUUGCUUUGGGUGUCCCUUAUUGUCACCUUCCAUGGUUCACCCUGUCCAGUCUCCGUGGAACUGGUAUGAUGGUCUCCGUUCCCUUCACCGCUGGGCGCCAGCAAAAUGUCACUUUCCUGCGAGUUUUGCUCGGGGAUCUCUUCCACCACAACAUUACAUGCUCCUCCACUGCUGUCUCUGGGGGUACCAGACAUAGCUCCACCCCCCUCAUUCUCUUCCCUUUGCUCCGUUUCAUCAUCUAGUGGGGGUGGCCAGGAAACAAUAUCCUUG